UUUUGUGACACCGUUUCCCGCGCAAGUUUGAAGAUGGCGUUGCGAGAAAAUGGCGCCCAGUCGUUUAAGAGGCCGAUAAGAAGCGCGAAGGCUGCUUUAGUACACUCAGAGGAACUUUUAAAAUUGUGCGACAAGCUUCCUAAAGUUCCCAAACGGGUAUGUAACCUGUCAUUUACCGUCUGUGAUGUGGUUUUGUCUUUUAAUUUCGCUGAGAUACGAAUGAUCGUUAAGCAAUCAAUUACAAAACUUCGUAGCCCGUGUACAGCCGCCCGGCUGCACACAGGCUAAUCUUACCAGUUUCAUUCAGGCUCUAACAUAAGCUUUUAAAUUUCUCAUACUCACAGGCAUCGUUAACGCAUUCUCUCAUCAAAGCUUAUGGACUUCUCGAAAAUAUCAGGUAUUCUGAUUACAAUUUAAUUUCGUGUAUUUACUCCUGAAAGUUAAGCCAAAUCACAACCAAUCCUGUUUCAUAAAAUACCUCUAUUAAUUUUAAUAAGACCAAAGGGAAUUAAUCUGUUGACCUCUGAAUUAUUUCUAUGAAUAACAAAGUUUUUUUUCCGAAUAAAAAGAUCAAUUGAUUCAACUUCAUUCUAUCAUUAAAUUUCAUCGGUGAACUAUGUUUUAUUUUAAUUUGUGUAAACAACAUACGUUAACCACUUCAAUUUUAUAGUUUACCUGCAAAGGAGAGCAGGUAAGCUUGUGUUUAAAAUUUAUAUUGUACCUGGUUGGUUAUCAGUUUUGUCAGAUCGUACUUGAACUGUAAGUCAAUGGCAUCACAGGUGUCUAGUCUAACUUCAACCACCUGAAUUAAACUAUGGCACAUUAUUUUUCGAUUAACAACACUUGAUUGAUACAAAAAAAACUCUUUAUAUCUCUGACAGAGUUAUUCAGCCUAGGAGGGCAACAGUUCAUGAGCUUUCUGCAUUUCACUCUAUGGAUUACAUAGAGUGCUUGCAAAAGUUAACAAAUUGUGAUGAUUGUGAAGAGAUGGAGGAGACAGCUUCAGAUUAUGGCUUAGGUUUGUUUAACAUCAUGAUCUUGGAGAUGUAAUGGGAGUGACUGAGGUUAACAUGUCACUUUUGGUAAAGUGCCUCCCAAUCACAUCAUUCCCGUAGACAAGAAACUUUGUACCAUUGUGUAUUUAUUCACUGAUCUUCACUUAGGUAUCCAGUAACAUAUACUACUGAGUGUAACCCUUUUUUGAGACAAGAAUCCGAAUUUAGGGGGCCAGGUACUUUUUGUUACAGAAAGCUGGAUAAGCUCGAGCCAUGUUUGCUCCAUGGCUGUUUACACUGGUAUUUAAUUAAUUAGUAAACAUAUUAUGUUGGAGGUAAAAAUUAAAUUCAGGUUGAAUUUGUUUUUUAGAGUUAGAAAAUAAGAACCUGUAAAAUCAAAUUUUAAGCUAAACAGGUUCUUCAUGGUUCUUACAAACUUGAAAAGGUCUUGAAUUUUAUCAGUCAUCUUGAAAAGUCCUUGAAUUCGGUAAAGGUCCUCCUUGAAGAGUAUUCGAUUUCUUUAUUAGAUCUUGAAAAGUCCUUGAAUUUCUCUACUUUCUUAUCUCUGUUUGUUUAUUUCAAAUGCUAUUUCUGUACUUCAAAUACAAUUGCAAGUCGUACCCAGUGACCGUUGUCAUUUUGCAAAGUUUUGUCAUGGAAAGUAAUAUAAAUAUAAUAAUGUAAACUAAACUGAUGAACCAUGGCUGAGAAAGGAAAAAUUCACAAAGUUAAUGACUCUGUUGAGUGUUUUAGCCAGUAAGUUGUUCAAAAGGUGGUCAAAGAAAGCCAAAAUACGAAAGAAAUCUUAGACCUUGACUACUGUAAUUUGCCCUUGAAAAGUCCUUAAAAAGUACUUGAAUUUUUACGAACCAUGUUCUUGUAUAGAGGGGGUAUAACUGGAAAAUUUUAGGCUAACAGGUUCUUAAAAACCAGGUUCUUAUUUGCAGGUUUUUACUGUAUUUGUCUGUGAUGUCAUUUCCUUCAGGUUUUGAUUGUCCAGUGUUUGAUGACUUAUUUAACUGUGUGUGCAAUGUGGCUGGGGGUACUUUGGCUGCUACAGAAAUACUGAAUAAAAGGGAGUGCAAUAUAGCAAUUAAUUGGCAGGGUGGCUGGCAUCAUGCACAGAGGUACGAUUUCUUUUAAUGCUCCACAUGUUGAUUUAAUAUUAUUUAAAAAUAAUAACUGAUACCAUUGAACACAGUUCAAACUUUUCUUUCUUUCUCGUGAUUGUCCCAAACCAGUGCUCAUAAAAAAUCCCAAAUUUAACUCUGUAAAACUCUGCAUCAAACUCCCAAUAACUCGAACCUUUUUCAUUUUCCUGGGAAGGUUCAAGUUAUCAGACGUUGACUGUAUGUACAGUGCUGACAGAUACAUUGUCUUUCCAGGCAUGAAGCAGCUGGUUUCUGCUACGUCAAUGAUGUUGUGUUAGGUAUUCUUAAGCUACGUGAGAAGUUUGAUCGAAUUCUUUACGUUGACAUUGAUCUGCACCAUGGAGAUGGUUAGUGUCUAUCUUUACCUUUAACAUCCAAGAAUUCUAAAAUGGUUUUUGCUCUGUAAGUGCAUGGACUUGACUAAGACUAGUGAUUUAUUUUUGCUAUAAUUUUAGAAAGCAAGAGACCUGAUGGGAACUACAAUAAGCAACAAAAUUGUUAAGACAUGUUCCUCAAAUGGUCGAAGUAACUUCUGAGAACAAAACAAUGCACACCCCUCCCCCCUACUCUCCUCCACUCAAAGCUGGGGUGUUUGUUCUUUCCUACAGGUAGCACAAACCACAACACAAGAUUGCAUAGAAGGGGUGGGAUAGGGAAAGCUUAAGGUAAAGGUAAAAAAGGCCCCUUAGGGCAAAGUGUCUUAACAAAUUUUGUUGGUGACUGUAGAUCUCAAUAUCAGAAACUUUGAGAGCCUAGUUUGUUCCCUCCCAAAAUAGCAGCCAAAGUGAAAAUAAAAGAAAUAAAUCAUACUUAUUGUGAACUUGGUCCAAAAGGAUAAAACAAUUACUGUAAUAUUCCUUUGCUUCUGGUAGGUGUUGAAGAUGCUUUUUCUUUUACUUCCAAAGUGAUGUCUGUGUCAUUUCAUAAAUAUUCUCCAGGAUUUUUCCCUGGUAAGUAUUUGCACUUUUUACCAUGCUUUCAGUUACCUGGUACCUUGUUUUGCUUGACCUCUUUAUUGCUGUGGGGGGCCGACCCAAACAUUUAAGGCUUAAAAUUAGUCACCAAAGGCCACUGGGUGCUGCUGGCAUGUUUUCCUUAAUAAAUUAUAUGCUAAAAUGGGAGUAACAUUCACUGACAAAAUUAUGGCUCUUAGAAUCGUACAGUAUGUCACAUUUUUAUUAACAACUUAAAGAAACUUUGAUACUAUUGAUUUGCAGGUACUGGUUCCUGUUUAGAUGUUGGGGAAGGAAAAGGAAAAUAUUACUCACUCAACAUACCUCUUAAGGAUGGAAUAAGAGAUAAACCCUUUACAGAAUUGUUUUUCAAGUGAGUACCAUGUAUUAUUUAAGAAAAUGGUUAACUAUUACAGUCAACUCAUUAAGACAGACACCUUUGGGACCAGUACUAUGUGUCCCCCUUAGAGAGAAGUCCGUCGUAUAGAGAGUCAAAUAAGGGGAGUAAAGAAAAGCAGGGACCUAGGUGUCCGUUUUACAGAGGUGUCCGUCUUAUAGAGGUGUCCAUGAAGAGAGAGUUGACUGUUUAUUUAUUAUUAGUUUUUAUUUCUUAUGAGAAUUUUAAGAAGACAUUGAUUUCCUCUGCACCACUCUCUAUGUAUUUUCAAGAAAACUAAUGAGCUUGAAGUCCCUUUGAUAAUCAAAACAGAAUUUUUAAUUUUUAUCUUGAGUGGUGUUCAGUUACCAGUACCUCUUUUUCAUGACCUUUAUUUCUGGUUCAACAGUUAAUUGUUCAGGGAAUUGAAUGUUGGUCAGCAAAAAGCCUGAAAGGCAAUUGGACCCCUGCAUCUUAAUACACCCACAGAGGUGCAAAAUGGUAGCAAAUUGGAGUGCUGGUAAAGCUUAAGGGAGCUUAUUCUCCAUUGCAGCUGUUAUUAUGGCCAUCAUCAUCCAAUGCUCCUCCUCUGAAGAGGAUUGUUACGCUAAUAACAGCUGCAACAGGAGACUAAAGGGGAUUUAACUCUUAGAGUGCCUGUGGCCCCUUUUCCUAAUUUUUAAGAAAAGUAAUGAACAGAACUAAAAGAAAUUUCACUCUGAGAUAAAAAUAGUUCAGUCACUUCUUCUUCAUGGUUAGCCCACUAAUCUCCAGUGGCUUCUUUGUCUGUGCACAAAAGGUAUUAUUGUCAUCUUUAGGUUGAAAUUAACAAUGGUUGUUGCUUGAAAUGGUUGAAAUAUUCUCUUUUUCAGGGUUAUGUCAGAGGUAAGGACAAGAUUUAAACCGAGUGCAGUUGUUUGUCAGUGUGGAGUUGAUACACUUGCCGGUGAUCCUAUGGCAUCCUUUAAUCUCACCCAACAAAGCAUUGGAGAGUGUGUUAAAUACCUCAUGAACUGGAACUUGCCUCUUCUGCUUCUUGGUGGGGGUAAGUUGUGAGCAAUUAACCCUAAUAUUCAACAGGGAUCAAGUUUAUCAGUUUUGGACAAGCAGCUCUCUCAUUUCGCUUGCCUUCCAGGGCCAUUCCUUGCUUGUUGCCAUUGUCGAUUUAGUUAUAAAGGUGACUUGCUCAGACACUUGAGGUCAAGUGAGGCAAGUGAGCUUCAAACGUUACUUAUUAAUUUUUGCCCAGCAAGAAAAUCGGAUCAAUUUAGGUUUCUGGGAAACUGCCUACCUACCCCUUCUCUAAAUCAACUUUAACAUUUGCGUCUCCUCUCGGGUAACAUGUUGGGUUAGGGGAGGGAUAGGUAGGAAGUUUCCCAGAAACCUAAAUUGAUCCAGAAAAUCUACUAGUACUUGUCCCAGAUGACCAGACAGGAAUUUUUUUCAAGACCUUCUCAUGUUUUUUAAACCAUAAAAUACAUAUAUAAAAACUACAAAUUGUAUUUUUUAUAGGGGAAUGAAACAAAUGAAGGGAAUUGUUAAUCCCUAAAUCUCAAAGUGAUUUCUUUUGUUUUAUUCCCCUCGGCCUUAGAUAAUUAAUUUUAAAAGUGGCCUACUUGUUUUUCCCUUUGAACAAGUACUCCUUGCAAGAUUUUUGGUGUUAUAUCAGAACUAAUAGUGCCAGUUGUCAUGAGAAAGGAAUAGCAGAAAUGUCAAUAGAAUAUCUCCUCUACUUAAGGCUAAAGGAUUCGCACUUAAAUACAUCAUUCAACAUUUUGUCCCGCACAAUUUAGUGACGUGGAAAAAUAAAUAUCCUACAGUAACACAGGUGAGAUCAGGGAUCAAGAAAGUUAACAUUGAUCUUUCAGUGAGUGUAUCUAGCAAUAUUCAUUUGGUGAUGUCCCACUUUUAGGAGGGUACAAUGUGCAAAAUGCUGCAAGGUGUUGGACAUACUUGACUGGCUUGGUUCUUAAUCAGCAACUCCCCCUUGACAUUCCAGAACAUGAGGUAAAAUAGAACUAUCUCAUAUCAUAACUAUAACAAAAUUCUUCCAUCUGAAUAGUCGGGAUGGUAUUACUGAAAGAAUACCACCCACAUAGAAGAAUUAGCAGAUUAAGAGCCCUUCAGAUGGAAAUAUGGCCAAUAAAAGCCCCUUAUUGCUUUAUGAAAACCAAAUCGUCUCGAUAAAUAUAGCAGGUUCAUUAAGAAAUUCAUUGGGAUGUGCCAUAUUAGUGACAAAAGAAAACAGAAAUUUAUGGAAUUUUAUUAUAGAGAAACAAAGUGUUUUCUGUCGUUACACAAAAUUUUGGCUACAAGGAUGGGUCUUCAAUUUACAAAAUCUCUGCUGGUCAAGACCUUGUUUAUAUAUUGGUAGUCCAAACUUCACUGUGGAACGUGACCUGUAUUCUAGACAUGCCAACAAAAUUUUUUUAAGAUAUACAGAUCGAAUAGGACUUGAAUGACUCCUGUUACUAUUAAUAAUUGUUCCCAACAAAUUCCCAAACCAAAGGCUUCAAAUAUUCUCAUUUUUACCUGGUUAUGAAUCUUUUACUUUGCAGUAUUUCUUAUCAUAUGGACCAGCAUAUCAGCUUGAUAUUCCCCCUUCACAAAGACAAGAUAUGAACACACCAGAAGACCUUGCCAAUGUCUUAAACACUGUAACAGGUAAUUUUAACAUACUGACA